AUGUCUCGCAAAGCAUGCGUCUUAAUCGACCAGUUGUUGUUAUACCAACUAUCCUGCCCUGCAAUUGAAGUGAAUCUGAUGCGAUUUCCGCAAACACCUACGGGUUACAAUGCGGAAUCCCGAGCGGUCGAUGGGAACUGUAUAACUGGAUCAGUAUCAGUUUUGUCGGAUACCAAAACCUCAGGUGUUGAUGUUCCGAAAUACACGGCAGUGACAAUGGCUGCUUUCUGCACGGCGAGUGGAGAGUGGCGUUUGAACCAACAGACUGGCUGUGUCUGCGACUCUGGAUAUGAAUACGACAGAAGUAGUCACUCCUGUCAAAGUUAUGCAGAUAAUUUACCGACAACUGAAGGAAAAAGUCUUCGUGACUGA